CGUUUCAUGGUCUUUCAAGCUUCGCCAUAUCGGCUGAGGCUCUCGCAGAAACGCAAUUCAUUUCGUGGAACCCUCGCAUCGAUCAAUCGGUACCGCUUCUGAUCAGCGCUUACUACGGUACAUAAUCCUAUAAGACGUGGAGUGCGCAUAAUACCGAGAUUGCUCAAAUUCAACCUUCCAUCUUUCGACACCCCCGUUCAAUCAACGAGAUCUCAGUAGCAUCAGCUUGAAGUCUCUCUGGCCCAGACCUCACACGGCUCUUUCUCAAGUGGCAUCCAAGCGUCAUACGUCUUACCGCACCUGCUAGACACAGCCACGAGUUACAUCGCCCGCACAGGGUUAUCUCUACCCUAGAACGCGAAGAACAGCCUACCAAUGGCUCCACGUCGAUUACCCUAUCUUGAUACAUUGGUGUUGAGGAAGCAAGUUCUGGAAGAUCGGACUGAAGGAUCCAAGCAACGCAAAGCAAAUUCAAUCGCGCGAGGCAUAGGACAUGGGAUCUCACAAGGCACAAGAGAUGCAAUUGCGCGAGGGAUGCAAGAGGUGAAAGGAAACCUUGCACGGCUGCGACCCCACUCGGACGUGGUGUGUAGCAAUCUAUGCGAACGUUGCUCCAAAAUACCAUGGGUUGAACUCGUCACGGCGGGGGAUGAGGUGAAAUUUCAGUUGAUUGGAAUGACGAAGCCACUAGAAGAAUUGCAAGUCUCUGCCUGCCCAAGUUGUCGAAUUCUUGGCUCCAACCUCCCAAGUUUUGGUGUCACCUUCUUGAGUAUGGAAGAUCGAUACUACCUUCGAUUUAGAGACAAACACGACAAGUAUUGGUAUCCAUCAUCUUUGAGGAUCAUCCACAAAGAAAAUCCGUCUCUUCUUGACAGAUCCUCAGCUUUCAUCGAUAAAAGAGGAUAUGUCAAUGCACUAGAAAUGAAGGGGAGAAUUGAGGAUUGCAUAGAUAAUCACAAACAGUGUAGACCGCAGCCAUGCGAUAGUUUGAGAGAUUUGAAAGUCAUCGAUUGCUACGAGCGGACUGUCGUCUUGGCUCCAGAGAGCUGUCGAUUCGUUGCACUCUCCUAUGUGUGGGGUCGACCUACACAGGAGGCAGAAUCGAUUGAUAGACCACAGUUUCCAAUGCUCUUAGAUGUAUUCCCUCGCACCGUAGAGGACAGCAUCGUAACAACCAUUGCGCUUGGCUUCCAAUACCUAUGGGUGGAUAGAUACCUGAUCAAACAGUGUAUUGACCAACAUAACGCCGACGACCAAAGUCACCAAAUUAAUCAGAUGGGGGCCAUAUACUCUUCAGCCCAGGUUACGCUUAUUGCAGCGGCCGGCACAGAUGCCAAUUUUGGUCUACCAGGAAUCAGCAGAGAGUUCAGCUAUCCAGAAUCGUGUUCCGUUACCAAGAAUCUAUGUCUGGUCAACGCCUCUCAAUCAGUCACACGAUCGGUUUCAGCAUCCACCUGGUACUCUCGAGCAUGGACGUUGCAGGAAGGUUACCUCUCGAAAAGGCGACUGUUCUUUGUAGAACACGGGAUAGAUUACAUUUGCGAUGAAGACCUUCAGGAUGAAGACCUGAGAGGCGGCCUGAUUGCAAGUGAACUUGCUGCCUCGCUACCUAGUAAGAUGAAUGCUUGGGAUCGUGCAAAUCACAUGAUGCGCCAGUUCGCAGGACGAAGUCUUACAUACGAAGGAGAUGCUCUCAACGCUAUCAUCGGCGCGCUAGGAACUCUCGAAGGUGUUGAUCAUACAGAGGGGGUAACUAUCCAAAGAUCUAACUCUUCCGAGACAUCUAGUACGUACAUGGCUCUGAACUGGUGUCACGAUCUGCCUUGUUCCCGGCGUGAAGGGUUUCCCAGUUGGUCGCCUCUCGGCUGGAGAGGGGAAAUUGAUUAUCUCGACUACCAAACCACGAUCUCAUCCGGCUGCUCGCUCGAAGUCUGGCACGACGGAGGAUUUAGGCAUGUUUCCGACGCUUUCGGGAAAUUAUCGGAAGGCCAUCGCGCACACAGGCCAACACAAGAGAGGUACCUCAGACUGAACACCACUGUGGUAAUGCUAGAUUUCGUAUAUCUCGACCACGAGCCUGGUAUACCCAGUGGAUUUUAUGUGAGGGUUCCGUAUACCUCCAACCUCGACCUCUUUGUUCUGCCGUUUUGGGAUGCAGACGAUAUGCGACAGGGCAGUAUACAGCUGCCUUGUGCUGUUGCCGUGCGGCGCAGGACACUCAUGCAAAAGACUUGGAGAUGCGAGCAAGAGUCACAACUACUCAUCAUGCGACAGCACAGCACACAUUACGAACGCGUUGGAUGCUUCAAUUUGCAUUGGUCUCAUCGUCAUAUCUAUGCCCGAGAGAAGAAAGGCCGGAUCUUUCCCCUGGACUUUACCUAUGGCAAUCCGCUUCUGGAAUAUGGUGACGGUACCUACUGGAAGAAGAAUGGCGAAGAACGCACGUUUCUUCUCGGCUAG